GCAUGCACGUCAUAAGUCAGAGUUCAUACGGGUGCGCUGUCAUGGCUGCCUCCAUAGAAAACAUGUCUGCUUAACAUAAUAUGCAGAAAGGACACAUUUCACGUUUUGUGUCAGGUUAUGUGAUGAGACGUGUAUAAAGCGACUUUGUCCUGUAUUUUAGACGAUUUUUUUGAUUACUGAACGUAGUGUCAUCUGCAAACUUCAGGAGAUUGACAGAGGGGUCCUUGGCAGUUCAGUCUUUUGUGUACAGGGAGAAGAAUAUUGGGGAGAGCACACAUCCCUGGGGGCACCAGUGCUGACUGCAUCAGAAGAAAUUUGGUGACUAUUCUAAUGACAUUAAUCAACAUUUGCUGCUGUGGCAGACAUGCCUGGCAUUUAGGUCUCCGUGCCUUUGCCACACGAUCCACAAGCACAUUAAGGAAGAGUGAGCAGCAAGAUGACGGACCCGUGUUCCAGUAUGUCGGCCAACACAGAAAGCCCAAAGAGAAAGUGUUUGUAUGGGGCUUUAGCUUCACUGGAGCUUUAGGAAUCCCUAGCUUUGUAGUGCCUGACAGCGGCAGGAAAAAGCCCAGGAAGUACCAGCUCACACCUUACCGCCUGGAAACUGAACAGAAGAUUUCCUCAGCAGCCUGUGGAUAUGGUUUCACCCUGCUGGCAUCUAAAACCAGAGACCUGACCAAAUUGUGGGGCAUGGGCCUGAACAAAGAUUCCCAACUGGGCUUUCAACGUACACAACAUGACCGACAUAAGAGUUAUGACUAUGUCCUGGAGCCGUCUCCAGUGUCUCUCCCUCUGGCCAACCCUCAAGAGACACGUGUGUUACAGGUAUCAUGUGGCCGUGCUCACUCACUGGUGCUCACAGACUCUGAAGGAGUUUUCAGCAUGGGUAAUAAUGCCUAUGGACAGUGUGGGAGGAAGAUUGUGGAGGAUGAAGUUUACAGUGGCAGCCAUAUUGUUCACAAGAUUGAAGGUUUUGACAGCCGAGUCACCCAGGUGGCUUGUGGGCAGGAUCACAGUCUGUUUGUAACAGAGAGAGGCUCUGUGUAUGCCUGUGGGUGGGGGGCAGAUGGACAAACAGGUUUGGGCCACCACAACAAGUCCUCCUGUCCAGUGCUUGUCAGAGGAGACUUGGCUGGUGUCAAAGUUCAACAGGUGGUCACAUAUGGAGACUGCAGUUUGGCUGUGUGCACCGAUGGGCAGGUGUUUGGCUGGGGGAACUCUGAGUAUCUGCAGCUGGCGUCUGUCACUGAAGCAACACAGAUUAGCUCACCACGACUGCUGCCUCUGAGGGGGGUGGGUCGAGUCCAACAGGCGGCAUGUGGAGGAACACAGGUGGCUGUCCUGAAUGAGCAAGGAGAGGUGUUUGUUUGGGGUUUUGGAAUUCUGGGAAAAGGCCCAAAUCUUUCCGAGUCCGCUAUCCCAGAAAGAGUGCCAGCAACGUUGUUUGGGAGGUCAGAGUUCAACCCUGCAGUAAAGGUCUCUUCCAUCCGCUGUGGACUCAACCACUUUGCAGCCAUCACAGAUCGUGGUGAGCUGUUUGUUUGGGGUAAGAAUGUGAGAGGGUGUCUAGGAAUUGGGAAACAUGAUGAUCAGUAUUUUCCAUGGAGGGUGACGGUGCCAGGCCACGUGACAGAUGUUGCCUGUGGUGUUGACCACAUGGUGGCGCUGGUCAAAUCAAUCAUUUGAGUCUUCAUGUGUCACACUCUAUCCAGAUGGGUAUUUUUAAGCAAACAUGGAAAUGCGACACCUCCUCUG